AUGGAUAGUGAAGAAACGGCCGGCACGAGAAAUGUUUGGUCACCUUAUCAAGCCCCGUCGCACCCUGAGAAACCACCUCCUACCUCAUGCAAACCGAUCCGAAUUCGACACCCAGUCUAUGAAGAUGAUUGCAAUAGCCUUCUCAUGCUCUGGCCAUUGGACAGCGGCGGUGUUCACUAUGGGACCGUACGAAUAGCUUGUGCUUUUCUGGCCGAUAACGCGUGGGAUGGCUAUCUCUCCGUGGACAAGGGUGGGGUGGCAUCCUGUUGA